GAGCACUCACCGUCCGCCGGUCUUUUGGUUGGCGGAUCGCAGCCAGUGAACUUGAAGUAUCUACGACGCUGCACACAACGUGCUUGUAAACACUCUGAUUUCCCAAUGCCGAUGGCGGAGCAAAAUCACAACUGUGUGGACAUGGACGACGAAAAUACAUUUCUGUUCACCUCAGAAUCUGUUGGAGAGGGGCAUCCUGACAAACUAUGCGAUCAGGUCAGUGAUGCUGUGCUGGAUGCUCACCUGGCCCAAGACCCCUACGCCAAAGUUGCCUGUGAAACGGCUACCAAAACAGGCAUGGUGAUGGUUUUUGGUGAGAUCUCCUCAAAUGCCACUGUCGACUACCAGAAAGUGGUUCGCGACACCGUGAAGGAAAUAGGCUAUGACAGCUCAGUGAAAGGAUUUGAUGCGGAUACCUGCAAUGUUUUGGUGGCCAUCGAGGAACAGGCAGGGGAAAUAGCACAGUCAGUACACAUCGACAAAGCUGAUGACGAUAUCGGCGCUGGAGACCAGGGUCUCAUGUUUGGUUAUGCCACUGACGAAACAGAAGAACUGAUGCCCCUGACUGUCGUCCUGGCUCAUGGCCUGACCAGGAAGAUGGCCGAGCUGCGGAAGAGCAAGGCUGUGCCGUUUCUUAGACCGGACGGCAAGUCACAGGUCACCGUUGAGUACAAACAGAAAGAAGGCCAUCUAAUACCCCUCCGAGUGCACACCAUUGUCAUCUCUGCGCAGCACGACCCAGACAUCACACAGGAGACGCUGCGCAAGGCGCUGAAGGAGAAAGUCAUUGAUGCGGUCAUUCCGGCCAAGUACCUGGACGAAAACACAGUGUAUCACCUCAACCCUUCAGGGAGCUUCAUCAUGGGUGGGCCCAAAGGCGAUGCUGGCCUGACUGGCCGCAAGAUCAUCGUCGAUACCUACGGUGGGUGGGGAGCCCAUGGCGGGGGGGCUUUCUCUGGUAAAGAUGUCAGCAAGGUGGACCGGUCGGCUGCCUACGCCGCUCGCUGGGUGGCCAAAUCGCUGGUAGCGGCCAAACUGUGCCGACGGGUUCUUGUCCAGGUGUCCUAUGCAAUCGGUAUCUCAGAACCUCUGUCUGUCUUUGUCUGGUCUUAUGGAACCUCCGACAAGUCAGAAAAGGAGCUGCUGAAGAUCAUCAGUGACAACUUUGAUCUGCGACCAGGAGCUAUCAUCAGGGAGUUGGAUCUUCGCCGUCCAAUCUACCAAAAGACGGCUUCCUAUGGCCACUUCAAGGAGGGGUUCUCGUGGGAAGUGCCCAAGAAACUUGUCAUGUAAAAUAGAAGAGAAAAAGGACUUCCACUGGCAGCUCUUCACGACACCAAACUCAGUCCAAGAGUGCGCACACCUUGUGUCUCUACAAACAUUUACCUUUGAACUCUGGGGACAUCUUGAGAUACCGUGUCACAGAUGGAUGAACAUGCAGGUGUUGGUGUCUGAAGAGGCGCCGCAGAUUUUUUUCUUCAUGGAAAUCGCUUCUGAUAAAGAAACAGCUAGAUCUCUUCUAAGGAUAGGUUUCUCCUUCUUCCCACUUAAAAAAAAAUUUUGAAGGCUUUAAAUGCGGUCACAGAUAUAAUGAGCUUAUAAAAAGUACCUUCGGUUUGGGACGAUCCUAUCCUUGAAGAGAAUUGGACAAGUAGCCCGAUCGUUCAUCGCUAUCAAUGCACGUUUAUCAUAUAAUCCAGUGGUGUUCAACGAUGCAUGCUGUGGACAUGCAAGCAAUUAAAAUGAGACCCUAGAGUGUUGCUGCACAAGCAUGUUGCCUGUUUCUUGAAAAUGCUGCAGCAACCGUGCAAUACAGCUUGGUACGAACCAGCAUCAGCUCAACUUUUUUGAAACUGCGCAGCACGGUUGGCAUAAUGUAUGUACAUUUUAACUCUCGGGCACCACAAGCAAAGGCAGAAGAAAAAUUAAUCCUCAAGACCAAAAAAGGAAGAUUUUCUGCAAGUGUAUUUUUCAGUCUGUAAUGUUGUAAAGUAUCUCUAACUGUUUAAAUGGACUAAAAAGUGCACUUGCAAAGAGGGAACUGUUCUUGACAGUUGGUGUAGCAGAGGGUUGCUCUGUUCUUACCAACCUGGGUUUUUUUUUGUGUAUGACAUUUAGAAAUGAAAUCACUCUUUUUAAUAGUUGAAUGUCAAGAAUGUUUUUAUCGAAUGAGUUGGAAGAUGAAGUGUUGUAUAUUUUGGAUUUACACGUUUCCAUCUUGAAAACUCUUGCUGAAAUGGGAGAGACUUAAGGCGGUGCUGAUACCCAGUUCCCGGGGUACAGAUGUCCCCAAGGAAAGUGUGUCAGAUCUAGCUGUUUCGGUGAUGAGCGACCAUUUGUAUCGAAUUCACCCAGUCAGUAUUGAGCUUUUGUUGCAGUUUAAUUUGACACCUUAUCUGAUGGUUCCAGAUGCCAAGUUUGGGAAAAUUGCCGUCUUUUUUGUGGGUGAAUGCAAGACCUUACCUUGCAUAGUUAGUGUGUGGCUUAGGGUCUAGAACAGGUUCAGUGUUUAGUUAAUGUAAAACUCAUCCAAUCUAGCUGCAGAAUUUUUUUUCUUUAUUAGCGAUUCAGUAUUUAUUGAUUAGAUUCUUGCAGGUUUGAUUUCUUAUUAUUUUCUUAACCCCCCCUACUGUUUGUGGUGAGUUCAGGCAAUGAUCUCUUUUUUUGAGGGGGGGUACCUGCGGCUCGUUUGGCACCAUUGGACACAGUGCAGUCAUCAGGCAUGAACUGUGAAUAUACCGCCCAAACAUGCUGUGAACACACCAACUGAUGUGGAGACACAUCCUGAACAUGUUCUGAACACCAGUCAUCGUGGACCUCGUUAGCAUUACCGUAGGUAGAUCAAACAUUCCAUAGCAAUUUGGGGAAACGUCGGUAGCUAUGAUGAUUUUUAACAUCAGUUGUAUACAGUCGUAUAGAUACUUUUAAAAGGUUUAGGGUUCCUGGGUUUAAAGAAGAUUUAUACGGAUGUUUUGGAGACCACCAGUUCUUUUUUUGUAUAUUGUUAAGAAGUUUCACGUCCCCUUCCAUCCAAAUUCACUGCAUACCAUUGCUCGGGUACCAGUCUCUAGAAUAUUGAGAGCAGUUUUGGCAGCCGGUGCCUGCAGGUGCAUGGGUGGAGUGCCACUCCAGCACGAAGCAUGAUGGGCGCACUAGGUGCGCAUGUCCGCUCUCAGUGCAAAGUGCAUCAUUGCAACUGCUAUGUUCGUUUGUGUCACAACAUUAUUUUGCCUGACACAAGUCGGCAUCCAGAUUGCACUAUCCGCGGAACCGCUGCAUCGUAAAAAAGCUGGAGAAGAGCUGAUGGGCCAGUCGACCACUUACCAGCACCCAAGAUUUCAACCUGAUCAGGAUUUAAUUCUUUGAGAAAGGGUCCAGUAGUUGUGAAAUACGAAUACCAGCUUGUCUAUAAAAUUAUAUAUUUUUCAUAUUGGCUUUUUUUCCAAGCCGCAGGGAAGUUGGUGUACGCUGUACUGGUAUAUUUCUGUUGGUUGGUCGUAAUUGGAAUAGGUUGAAUUACUUUAGCAUGCAACAGAAUGUAACGUAUUCCUUGCUCGUUCACGUAAGAGUCAAAUAUGGGCUAGUUAACAUGGUGAUGUUUAUUUAUUUGGAUUUGCCUGUUUUAUUAAGUGCCUUGUGCAAGAAUACCCCGGACUGUCCAGUUUCUCACUAUGAAUGCCACUUGAGCCUGCAGUGCUGUAAGUGGUCAAUUAGUGUCGCCGAUGCUGCUCUAGUGGAAAGAUCUCACGAAAAAGGAUAGGCCCUGUAUUAAGGUAGUGUCAGUACCUUACCUGAACAGCAGUGUCAAAUAAUAAUCAAUAAUUGAAGUAUCGGAUAUUACUUGGUUGUAUGUCUUCAGCUAAAAAAGGAGAGAGUGAAUACAUCAGUGCGCAACCACAAUCAUGGGUACUGUCUUGUUGCAGUCGAAGACUGUUGUGAAUAAGAGAAAAAUGUCAAGUAAUUUUGAACAUAUUGGAUAUGUAAUAAAAAUUGAAAGUACUUGGUUCUUAAUUGAUGACUUGCUCAUUGAUUUGAAUCGACUAUUGAAAUAUUUUUACGUCUUUGGUUCUUUGAACUGCAGGUGUCUGUGAUAGUGGUUGUGCAUGCAAUAAAUGAUUACAUGUAAAAGAACACAGAGCGCUUUAACACUAGUAUUUUAUGAAUGAACUUUGUUUUGAUGAUUUUAGGCUGAGCUUUCCAAUUCUUCUCUCACAGUUGAUGUUCAAAGUUUCUAUAACAAAGGCGCACAUGAUUAACAUAUGUAUAUUUUUUUUCCAUAGUUAGUCAGUCUGUUUAAAUGUGUAUGAAAAUUAUUAUCUUUUUUAUCUGUAAGUGUGGUGGGUUAAAUGAUCUUAAAGGGGAAAAUUUGAUCUUAUUAAAUAAUAUUCAUGCAACUUGCUUAUAUAUGUACACUGGUGUUAAUUGAAAACUACGCCCGCAUGUAUAAUUUGGUGGCUUGAUCAAUCCAGUGUCCGUUGAUGAGGUAAAGUUUUGUGUUAAAUAAUCAAGAACCUGUGUGAAAAGGGCUUCUUUUCGGAGGAUUCCAGAGAAUGGUCAAAGGCCUCUCUCAAACAUUCCACCAUUGAAAGUUUUUCCAAAAGGAGUCUGCGUCGAUCAAAUUUAUUCAAGGACACUUCAUUGUAAAGAUAUCCUUUCAGCCAUCUCAUCAGGGACCUCUUCUUUUGCCGAUUUUGGCCACACCUAUUUUCAACAUUUAAAUUUAUGUAAAAAAAUAAACAAACAGAAAGCUUAUUCGAUUAAUCAAAAUUAUAAUGCGAAGGAACUGAUUUAUUUGAUUGAAAUAAGAAGGGUAAAUUUGUGGGCCUGGUGUGAAAGCUGUUGGACAAGUAAACCCAGAAUUCUUUUCUUGUUCCAUUUCAAGUUUGGACUCAUAAAAUGUAAUAAUGUUUAUCCUAAUGCAGCGGUAUUUUGUCUUUUGUUUUAUUUUGUUUUGGCUUUCUUGCUUGCAAAGUGCACAAAAGGCAGAAUUUAUAUUUCAAGAUUACAUGAGGUGAAGUUACAGCGUUUUGGGAGGUUAUGUUGGUAAGGAAAUUAGCAUGAAUCUGCUCAAACAAUACCCAACAAAUUCUUUCUUUUGCUCAGUGAAAGUACUUCAAAAAUACAUUUCUCGUCAUGUUAUAAAUUGAAGACUUGUAUAGAAAAGUUAAAAGCUGGAUUUUGGCCCAAACUGUAAUAAAUUGCAAGGAUAACCCCUUGUAGUUUUAUAUUGAGCCGAAAAAUGA